AUGCUGCUCGCGCGUCGGACCCGACAUUUGCGGAGGCUUUUCAUUAGGAAGUGUUCCUCCACGCGCAGAAAUGAGGUCGGGAUACAAAUGCUGCCCCGGCGGCUCAGGGACCAAAUUUUCCCCGCUGUCGGAGGGGUGGAAUCCCGAACGGAUGCGAAAACUCUCAAACAAAUCGAGAAACACCUCACGGAACAUGGACUUUGGGACAAAGAAGCAGAUUGUCUCCCCGAAGUUGAGUCUCUGCAGCUCCCACCGCUGGAAGGGUACUCCGUCGUCGAACAUUUCGAGCGGAUUGCCGAAACCUAUUGCAGACCCUACGAGGAUGUGAUAGAGAAGCUUCUCAACGCCAAAGUACCGGACAUGCCAGAAGAGUUCGCGUUCCGGAAGGGUUGGGUUCGGUAUUCAGCGGACUCAGGGGAAUCUACGCCGGUGGAGGCUCCUUCCGGGAACGCUUUUGUUUUCGACGUAGAAACGAUGGUGACAGAAGGGAAUCUUCCUGCUCUUGCGGUCGCUCUGUCCGACUCCCAUUGGUACUCGUGGUGUUCAGACGCUCUGGUUGGGGGACGGGAUCAUCGUGUGGACCGAAUUACUCCCGAACACUUGAUCCCGCUGGGUAUCGAUCCCGGAAAAGAAGCGGUCAUCGUCGGCCAUAACGUGGGUUUCGACCGCGCCUUCAUCCGAGAACAAUACGAGCCGCAUAAUUCCAAGACCCGUUUCCUGGAUACCUUAUCUCUGCACGUUUGCGUGUCCGGUCAGACGAGCGAUCAGAAGAUCAAGACGAUUUCCAACAAGCGGAACCCGUCCGACUCCCUCGAAUCCUGGAGUGACGUCUCGUCUCUGAACAACCUCGCCGACGUGCACAAGCUGUACAGGGAAGGCGAUGCCAGGCUGGAGAAGGAGAUCAGGAAAACUUUCGAGAAAGGCACGUCGGAUGAUGUCCGAGCCGAUUUCCAGAAUCUCAUGCGAUAUUGUUUCAAAGACGUCUUGGCAACGCGCUCGGUACUGCUCGAAGUCCUCCCGCUCUUCAAGGAGAGAUCGCCGCACAAGGCCAGUUUAUUCGGGCUAAUGGAAAUGCUCACUUCGUACCUGCCGGUAGACAAUAAUUGGUUGCGAUACAUCAAGGAAUCCGAGAACGCCUACAACGACGUCGUAUCUGAAAUCCGUUCAAUCCUGCAUCGAGUUGCUAACGAGUCUUGCCGGAAAUUCCACAACGGAGCCUUUCGACGAGAUGUGUGGUUACAGGGUCUGGAUUGGAGCGCCAAAGAGAUUAAACUGAGAAAAACUUCCCAAAUUCCCCCGCCCGCCCUAGGAUCUUUGAGUUUGAAGAAUUGUCUCCAAGCCCGACAGCGAUUCCUCUGCGGAUAUCCGCUCUGGUAUAUUGAGCUGUGCACUAAACCGCCAUCGGAUAUAAUCCAGUAUCUGGACUGGGUUCACGGUCCAUGGAAUACCUCGACCCAGAAAAGAUGUAUUCCGAGUUUGCUGAAGAUCAUGUGGGAUGGAUACCCUUUGCAUUUCCGCAUGGAAGACGGCUGGGGAUAUCUUGUGCCUGAGACUCGGGAGAGGGCUUCGCAAAUCAAAUCUCACGAGAGCCCUCUGUGGGAGGAAUUUCCCCGCGACGAAUAUGCGAAGCUCAUCGAGAAAAGCCGCGGAGAGACGAUAGAUUUUAGCUUGCUCCGCAAAUCUAUCGAAGAAGAAACCACAGACAACGUUGAAGAGUCGAUCUGGGCUAUGAGAGAGACGAUGAUCGAGCACAAAAAAGUCAAGUCGGGUGCAUUGGGGAAAGAACAUCCUGGAGAAAAAUCAAGCGCGUCUCCUGAAAGCUACCUCAAGCUGAGCGACGGGAUCCUGUUCCGGAAGCUACCUCAUAAGAAAGGCAACGAUCUGAACGUUGGUAAUCCCCUGUCGAAAGAUUUCAUCGGCAAAUUCGAGGGGAACGUCUUACGUUCAGACGAGUACAGAAGUGCGAACGUUCUGCUGAAGAUGAGUAAGGAAACUUCUUACUGGAAGAACGCCCGUGAUCGAAUCAAAGAACAAAUGGUCGUCUGGACAUCAGAAGACCGAGCCGCGAUUCUCCCGAAAAUCAUCCCGGCCGGAACCGUGAGUCGACGCGCGGUGGAAAAAACUUGGCUGACCGCCAGUAACGCCAAAACGGACAGAAUAGGCUCCGAAUUCAAAGCCAUGGUGCGAGCUCCCGAGGGCUACCAUUUUGUCGGUGCCGACGUCGACUCCGAGGAGCUCUGGAUAGCGUCUCUUAUCGGAGACGCGUCUUUCGGGGGAAUUCACGGGAACACCGCAUUCGGUUGGAUGACGUUGCAGGGUAAGAAGUCCGACGGGACGGAUAUGCAUUCUCGUACGGCUGCGACGGCGCACUGUACUCGAGAUCAGGCGAAGAUUCUCAAUUACGCCAGACUGUACGGAGCUGGCCAGAAAUUCGCGGCUCGUUCACUCAAGGACUUCGACCCGGCUCUGGAUGAGGCUUCCGCCAAGAAACUCGCACGAUGCAUGUUCAGCGAAACGAAAGGCUACCGGCGGGGUGGAAAAUGGCACGGUGGAACGGAAUCGCACAUGUUCAACAAAUUGGAGGCACACGCCAGCAGCGCCGAGCCCAGAACGCCUUUCCUCCGUUCGAGGAUCUCAAGAGCCCUGGAACCCGCGGUUGUGGAUACGCAAUACAUGAUGUCACGGGUGAACUGGAUCGUCCAAAGUUCCGCUGUCGAUUAUUUGCAUUUGAUGCUCUUAUCGAUGCGGUACCUGUUCGACAAGUUUCGGAUCGACGGUCGACUCGUGGUGACGAUACAUGACGAAGUUCGCUUCAUGGUUCGAUCCGAACACCGGUACCGAGCGGCGCUCGCUCUACAUAUCACGAAUCUUCACGUGAGAGCGUAUUUUGCGUCUAGCGUGGGCAUGCGAGAUCUCCCUUACGGGGUAGCGUUUUUCAGUGCAGUCGAUGUGGACAAGGCUCUACGAAAGGAAGUUGGCGACGACUGCGUCACGCCUUCGAAUCCUCAUGGUCUUAAAUUGGGUUACGGCAUCGGUGAAGGCGAAGCCCUAGACAUUUACAAAACUGUGGCACUCACGUGCGGCAGCCUAGAAGAGAGUGGGGGUGUUGUGUAA